AUGACAACGCAUUGAUCACAACUUUUCAUAAUUAAUUGACGUUUAAGCAUAAUUGGUCAAUUAAUUAAUUAAUUAAUUAAUUAGUGGUCUCAAUCGCUUAGAUAGAGCAGAACACGACCGAGCUCAGAUCAACUUUAGCAUGUCAGACAAUACGUUACCACAUACCAUUGAAAACAUUGACUGAUCAGUUCAUAUAACGUAUUACACGUUAUUACGCGAUACGAAUAUUUGAAUUGACUUAUUUAAAACUUUUAAAUUUUCUAAACUGAAGUUAAUAAAAUUUAAUUACCGUAAUAGAUAAAGUAUAAUUUAAUUAUUCAUCUAAAGUAUUCAAACGUUCCCAAAUUAUUAUUUUUCAUUGUUGGACUGUUUUAAUAGCAAACAGAAACUAAAAAAGCUAGUUGAACAGAGCGAUGAAGCAGUCGUGGGAAGACCUUCUAACGUUCAAAGCUUCGAGACGCGAUCUCGCCACUCUCAUCUUCUGGCGAGACGUCUCGUGCGAAUUCGUCGUCUCAACCUUCCUCAUGACGGUCGUCAUUCUCAUCCUCACAACGAACGAUACACACGCCUACCAACCGAGCACGACUCAUUUCGGUCUGUUUGCCGGUUUCUUCAUUUACUCGCUACUUGAAACCUGGGGCCCAAUCUCUUGCCUCGGUCAUCCACCCGCGGCCUUUUGCUUCAUGCUCGGCGGGAAGUUCACCGUUGCAAGAACUGUCUUCUACACGAUCGCAGAAACAGUUGGAUGUGCAACUGGAGCCGGCAUUGGAUACGCACUGACACCAUUCGAAAAGAGAAGCACAUUCGUGGCAUUCAAUCCAGCCAAACAUGGGCUAUCCCUGGCGCAGAGUGUCUUCGUUGAGGCAGUUUUCACGUUCAACCUCAUCUUCUGCAUCUUCAGCGUACACGGAUCUGACUAUGCACGAAAAUUCCCAAUCCUACCAAACUUGGCUAUUGGUUCUGCUAUUGGCACUGCUAUUAUGGCUGCUGGCACCUUCACGGGGGGUUUCAUGAACCCGCUGAUCGCGUUCGGGCCUGCCAUUGUGUCUGGAGAUUUCACUAACCACUGGAUAUACUGGGUUGGACCGUACGUUGGAGGCAUACCAGCUGUCUUCCUCUACAAGUUCUACCACUGGGUCAAGGUGAGACAUGAGCGUCUGCCAAAGAGGGUUGUGCCCCCGGCUGGAGGUGAGACCGAGGUGUUGGACACGAAGACAAAUGAUGCUCCUGGAACAAGAGUUGUACAACUCUGAUACUUAGAUCUUUUUGAAGAAAAAUAUAAAUAGCUUCUAUUGUAGUUACAAUUGAAUAUUACAAUACAUUCAUGAAUCAUAUUGUAAUUUGUUAAUUAAUGUUGUCAUUUAAUACUAUGCUCAUUAACAUUUUUUCAUUUAUGUCCCUAAUUAGUAACUAUCUUUAACAUCUUUAGUACUUUUAAUCAACACAUACAUUUUAAUUUAUGCCAAACUACUCGAGAUUUUGAAGAGGUGUUAAUGUUGGUUAAUUGGUGAAUUAAGUUAAAUGUUGGUGUAUGUUACCUGUUAAUUGAAAAACGGUAAAACCAUUUUUAACAAUUUUCUAACUGUCGUUCACUAAUUAUGUCUGAACCGCUCAUUUUGAAGUGGCUUACGGUUUAUUUUUCUAUUAUUUUAAAAAAUAUUAAUUAUUAUUUUCCAUAUUAAACAAUUUUUAUCAUUUGAAAAUAUUUUCUAAAAGAUUCGUUGAAAUAAGGACUUACAAUUGAAGCUGACUGACGUGAAAUAUAGUUAAAUUUUUAUCUAUAUAAUUACUAAUAUUAAUUCAUAUAAUUAUUAAUGUUAGCAAACUAGCCAAAGUUUGAAGUUCUCUACGAUUUAUUUAUGGGCAAGAGAGUGUCUGGCAUUUGACAAAUUUUGGUCAUGUAAUUGAAAUUCAUCAAAAUGGUGUUAAAUCCUUAUUUAUGUUCACUAUUCAAUUUAUUUUUUUAAUAGACAAUUAAUAUUUUUUAACAGCCCGACCAAAUAAAUAUUUGAGUAAUUUUUAAACUUUUAAAAAAUUCAUCCUAUUU